UUCGCCGGCGACACGAGGCGUCGGCAGUGACCGGCUGGUAUCCGCAAUUGGGCCGAAGCGAAGCUGGGAACGUGGUAGGCAUUGCACGAGAGCGGGAGGAGUGUAUGUACAGUGUGUCGCCCCAACGCGUGACGGUCACGCCGCUCUCCUUCGGUUUCGUACUGUCGCCGCAGCAAAAUUCUCGUAUUUCCUCGUAUCAAUCUUAAUCGUUCGCUCUUUUCUCCUUCCCUCCCUCCCCUCUCGCUCGCUCGCUCGCUCUCUCUCCUGCCGCACUUGACAGCGGUGCGACGACACUGCGCGAUCACCACUCGACCGAUCACGUUUUCUCACGCGACCGGAAGGAGGAAGGCCGCUCCUCUGCUUGCGCUCUUUUAUUUCCCAAAGCCUACUCGCUUUUCCAUGUCAACGACACGCGCGCUCCUACCAAGGCCAGCAGCAAGCUACGCCCCCCGCGUCCUCGUCGUUGCUGCUGCUGUCGGUAGAUCUUCGCCCUUAUCGUCGUGCACGCCGCUGCGCCCGCGCCACCGGGAGGUGCUUCCGACGGUCGCCGACAGCAUCGAACGUCGGGAGUCGCGGCGGCGGAGGAGAAGGACGUGCGGUCGUGUCGGCGUCGCCAGCCUGAGAUGAGCGACCAUGGUUGCAUACAUUUGAAUAAUUUUAAAGCGGCCAAGGGUAUCCAGCCCUACAAAGUGAUACACGCGUACUUCGUCACCAGUACAUCGACCGAGGCGCGCAUCAGGAAGGCUGUGAGCUGUUUAUGUCAUACAUGUAAUACUUACAAAGACCGCCUACAUUCUUGUCUUCAUUGUAUAUUUUUUGGCUGCCAUGUGAAAGGUCACAUACAGGAACAUGCGAGAACGAAGAAACAUUUCCUAGCCGUCGAUUUGUGUUACGGAAAUAUUUUGUGCUUCCAAUGCGGCGAUUACGUAUACGAUAGAGAGCUGCUGGCAGUAGCAAAGGCGCAAUGGAGUGCUUCAGCAAAAUCUUUGAGCUUUGGGGAAUUUUACCGAGCAUGGGAACCAACGCAGAUAGAAACCGAGCUGCUGAGGAAGCAUCCGCGUCGAAGACGCGUUGCAGAAAACUCUACCAUAGGUUUAAGAGGGUUGAUCAAUCUUGGCAGCACUUGCUUUAUGAAUUGCAUCGUACAGGCGUUGAUCCACACUCCGUUGCUACGGGACUACUUUCUUGCUGACCGUCACCACUGCCCGCAACCGACUCGCUGCCUGGUCUGCGAGGUAUCGCAUCUGUUCCAGGAGUUCUAUUCUGGCAGCAAAGCGCCGCUGACACUUCACAAGCUCCUUCAUCUAAUCUGGACACACGCCAGGCAUUUGGCCGGCUAUGAGCAGCAAGAUGCUCAUGAAUUCUUCAUCGCAACAUUGGAUGUCCUUCACAGACACUGCGAAGCUGCUCCGAUACUUGUUAAAGAUAAUCCUCAUCAUUGUAACUGCAUCAUUGAUCAGAUAUUUACAGGAGGCCUUCAGAGCGAUGUUGUUUGUCAGGCUUGCAAUGGAGUGUCAACCACGAUAGAUCCAUUUUGGGAUAUAUCUUUGGAUCUCGGUCCAGCGGCUGGUGCGUCCGGUUCUGAUACAUCCGGUCCUCCCACUUCCCUAUUAGAUUGUUUGGAGAGAUUCACCAGAGCCGAACAUUUGGGUUCCACUGCAAAGAUUAAGUGUAGCAAUUGCCAGACCUACCAGGAGAGCACGAAACAGCUGACGAUGAAGCAACUGCCGAUCGUAGCGAGCUUCCAUCUGAAACGUUUCGAGCAUUCCAGCAUUCAAGAUAAAAAAAUCUCUACCUUCAUCUCGUUCCCAGAACAACUGGAUAUGACGCCGUUUAUGUCGCACAAGCGUAAUGGCAAUAACAAUAGCGCCACGAUGGACGGCUUGUCGAAGAACGGGGAAGACAUGACUUUCAGCGACAACAGGUACUCUCUCUUUGCCGUGAUAAAUCAUGAGGGCUCUUUAGAGACUGGUCAUUACACCGCCUUCAUCAGGCAACAGAGGGAUCAAUGGUUUAAAUGCGAUGAUCAUUUGAUUACGCGAGCCAAAUUGAAGGAUGUUUUGACCAGUGAAGGAUACCUUCUAUUUUAUCAUAAGCAAAUCUUGGAAUAUGGUCGGAACAGUAAGGCGUGAGAAAAAGAAAGAAAGAAAGGGAGAAAAUGUGUGUGUGUGUGUGUGUGUGUGUGUGUGUGCGUGCGUGCGUGCGUGCGUGCGUGCGUGCGUGCGUGCGUGCGUGCGUAAGAGGGACAAAGAUUUAAGUCACGUAAUUAAUUUAUUUAACAAAGAAUUAAUAAUCAAUGCUGCAGUUAGACGUCGGUGACGCUUUACGUUUGCCGGAAAAUGAAUUAUUGUCGCCGUCGUUUUUUGGUUUCCGCCGGCGCCUUUUUGUGUUCGAUGGGGUAAGCCGACCGACUGCCCGAUCGACAUCUUUGUAUGUCAUGAACGUAACGUAAGCGUAGGUGUUAAGAUUAGCUCAAUUUUUUUAAAUCGACCGAUUGCAAUUUUUGUAUAUCGCUGACUGUUGUUAUACUCCUGCCCAGACACUUGUAUACACGAUACCGCCGGGGAUGGAUCUCUUGUGCGAUUCUUCUAUUUAUCUUUUUUUGCUGCACAUACCAGCAGUGUGUUGAUAUUGCAGAUCUCUGAAAUGUUCUAGCAAAUGCAUAAUAUCGAGUCAUCGUUCAUCAAACAUUGAACUUUUUAGCAUAAUAUAUAUAUACACACACAAUUUAAAAUUUGUAUGCAUGUAUAAUGUUGAUAUUAUAUAUAUAUAUA